GGUUUUUUGUUGUCUACCCUGAAAUUGAAAUUGAAAUUGAAAUUGAAUCGCUAGGUAGAAGGGAGGAAUAUGUGUCCUCGAGUAGCUCCGACAUGCGAAAUCUGCGAGAAAGUUGUAUCCAAGUACAAGUGUCCGUCUUGUAUUGUUCCUUACUGUUCCUUGGGUUGUUUCAAGAAGCACAAAGAGACUCCAUGUGCUAAACCUUCUGCACCCGAGGAGAAGCCAGCAGGCUCUCCAGCAAAGGAAGUCUCGGUGGAGACAAAAGAUGUGGUAGUAAAGACAGAGCACAAGGCUAGUGCUUCAUCUGCUGCAAAGGAAGUUCCCGUGGCGGCGAGACCGCCGAUAACUGUGGAGGAAGAAAAGUAUGUCGUAGAGAAGACCCAGCUCGAGGCCAUCGCUUCUUCUAGUGAAAUCAGAGAAGCUCUAAAGGAUGAAGCUCUUCAGAAACUCAUCUCCAGUAUCGAUAGUUCUUCCAACCCUCUGCAGGAACUCGAUGAAGCCAUGGGAGUAGAAGCUUUCCGAGUACUCACAGAAAAGAUUCUAGCCAACAUUUCCAAGAGUAAUGACAAGCAAUAAUCGUUAGUUGGUUUGGGCAUGCAAACAGAAGUUCUAGUAGUACUCUUUAUUAUUGUUCUCUUUACAAAGAGUUUUAGUUGCAGCAGAGAAAUAUUUAUUGGCCUAAUAUAAAGAAAAACGCAUACAUCUCUUCUACGAUAAUUUACAUGUUUUUUCUCUCA